CUACGUAAGCGCAGCUGAUACACUGGAAAAACAAUCGCUCAUGUAGACAGGCUUCUUCACAUGCUCAAGAAUGACAGGGUGGCAGUUCUUCAGCCUACCCUUCAUCCUACCUCCGAAGAGCUCUCUAUCGGCAACGUCAAGUUCACGACCUUUGAUCUUGGAGGUCACGCACAAGCCCGCCGUCUCUGGCGCGACUACUUCCCCGAAGUCAGUGGCAUUGUCUUCCUCGUGGACGCGAAGGACCACGAGCGUCUCACAGAGUCAAAAGCGGAGCUCGACGCUCUCCUGGCUAUGGAGGAGCUUGCCAACACCCCCUUCGUCAUCCUCGGAAACAAGAUCGACCACCCCGACGCUAUCUCCGAAGACCAGCUCAGGGCAGCUUUGGGUCUGUACCAGACCACGGGCAAGGGCAAGGUACCGCUUGAGGGCAUCCGGCCGAUCGAGGUCUUCAUGUGCAGUGUCGUCAUGCGACAAGGUUACGGCGAAGGUAUCCGCUGGCUCAGCCAGUACGUCUAAGGACGUAGAGUGUGAUAUUAAGGCGCGACGCGCUAAUACGGACAUAUGAUUUGGAUCGAAUGAGGCGUAGGGAGUGGAUGAGCUUGGAUGUAUGAUGGUUCUCUCACGUGUGGCAAAUUUAACCUUCAUGAACUGGCAUUUGUCAUAGGAAUGCCAGUCUUCAUUUAACACCAAUAAGUUCAGCGAUUGCCAAACGCGUGACAGGGAGUGAGGCUACGACAGAAUGUUGG